CUGAUACAAAGAGGUAAUCAGUUGUAGUCUAAAUCAAGAAAAGUUUAAAAUAGUAGUACCUACAGAUAAUACAAGUAUAUUUAUGUGUACAUAAUACAUACUAAUUAAAUAGAAAAAAAAAUUCCGUAGUGGUGAAAAUAUAGAAAAAUAAAUUGAACACAUAUUAAGAAUACAAAUUGGAAACUUUUAGCAUUUAAAUAUUAAUUAGAACUAAUAUAAGAAAACACAAAUCGUUUUUAUGAAAUAAAAAAAAAGGUCGUGAAAAUACUGCUGAAUGCGCAGCAACUCUUGACCAGCAAAAAUAUAUGAAAAUAGACCUCUAAUAAGAAAAUUUACUUUAUGAGCGUUUAACAAUCUGAGUGAUAAAACACAAGCAUAAAUAAAAUGUCUUCAUCAAAUCAAACUGGUACAGGAACCCAAAGUGGCAGUACGGGCACCACACCAUCACAAAAUCAAAGCAAUACAACACAAUCACAGCAUCAAACAUCACAACAGCGACAAAGUUUAAAAUCAACUACAGAUCGUGUCAUAGACAGUGUUCCUUUUCCACCAAGUCAUAAAUUGACAGUAGCGGAAGUUUUUGAUGCUCGCACUGGUAAACCAAAUACUGACGUACUUAAACAGCAUUUUAUUCUUGAAGGAAGGAUUGAAGAAACUCCUGCUUUGAGAAUAAUACAAGAAGGUGCAGCGCUUCUCAAAUCUGAAAAAACUAUGAUAGAUAUUGAAGCACCAGUAACCGUUUGUGGCGACAUUCACGGGCAAUUUUAUGACUUAAUGAAAUUAUUUGAAGUCGGAGGUCCGCCUUCAUCAACAAAAUAUUUGUUUUUGGGUGAUUAUGUGGAUCGGGGCUAUUUUAGCAUUGAGUGCGUUCUUUAUUUAUGGGCAUUAAAAUUAUGUUAUCCAAAUACAUUGUUCUUGUUACGUGGUAAUCAUGAAUGCCGGCAUUUAACUGAAUAUUUUACUUUCAAACAAGAAUGUAAGAUCAAGUAUUCCGAAAGAGUUUAUGAUGCAUGUAUGGAAGCAUUUGAUUGCUUACCUUUGGCUGCUCUUAUGAAUCAACAAUUUCUGUGCGUUCAUGGUGGUCUGUCACCAGAAAUACAUGAACUAGAUGAUAUUAGAAGGCUUGACAGAUUCAAAGAGCCCCCCGCAUUUGGACCAAUGUGCGAUUUGCUAUGGUCAGAUCCUCUAGAAGAUUUUGGAAACGAAAAGAAUACAGAUUUUUAUUCCCACAAUUCAGUUCGAGGCUGCUCAUACUUUUAUAGUUAUGCUGCCUGUUGUGAUUUCUUACAAAAUAAUAAUUUACUAUCGAUUAUAAGAGCCCAUGAGGCGCAGGACGCCGGUUAUCGAAUGUACAGAAAAAGUCAAACAACAGGAUUUCCGUCUUUAAUAACAAUAUUUUCAGCCCCGAACUAUUUGGAUGUAUACAAUAACAAAGCUGCUGUACUUAAGUAUGAAAAUAAUGUGAUGAAUAUCAGACAAUUUAAUUGUUCACCUCAUCCAUAUUGGUUACCGAACUUUAUGGAUGUGUUUACAUGGUCUUUGCCAUUUGUCGGUGAAAAGGUAACAGAAAUGUUAGUCAAUGUAUUAAAUAUCUGUUCUGACGACGAGCUUAUGACAGAAGGUGAUGAUACGUUAGAAGAAGCUAAUUUACGUAAAGAAGUUAUUCGCAAUAAGAUUCGAGCUAUUGGAAAAAUGGCACUUGUAUUUUCUGUGUUAAGAGAAGAAUCCGAGUCGGUUUUACAAUUGAAAGGUCUUACACCUACAGGAGCACUACCAUUAGGUGCUCUAUCUGGUGGAAAAACUUCUCUAAGAAAUGCAUUACAAGGGUUUUCACCAAAUCACAAAAUCGCAUCAUUUGCUGAAGCAAAAGGCUUAGAUGCCAUUAACGAAAGGAUGCCACCUCGUAAGGACGCACCUCCUACGCCCAGUGAUGAUCAGAAACCAAAUUCAACCGUUUCUGUCAACGAUAAUCGAAAUAAUCAUACAAAUUAAAUAUUCCCGAUUUAGCAAAAUUCAACUUAAUAAAGAAAAGAAAUCGAAUAUUAAAAUCAGCGCAAAACUGGUGGGUUAUUUUAUCUCUCUUAAUUUUUAAGGCCAAAUUCGAUAAAUAUAAAUUUUAAGUAAAAAAGUCAUAAUGAAAAAUUCUAUCUAAAAAUGUACGGCUUGAAAUUGAAUAAAAUCAGCAUGUAAAACAAACCCAA